ACAACUUCUAAUAUCAUUUUCGCAGUUCAAACUCUAAAAACUUUUUUUAUAGUAUUAACAUACAAAGAAAAAAAUGCCGCUAAAAGGAGAGUUAGCGGUGUUUUUGGUGACGCUACUUGUUGUGAACACAAUAGCAGAGAGUCCUUAUAGAUUUUUCGAAUGGAAUGUUACUUAUGGAACGAUUUGGCCUCUAGGUCUUCCUCAGAAGGGAAUUCUGAUUAAUGGGCAAUUUCCUGGUCCUGAUAUUCAUUCUGUCACAAAUGACAAUGUUAUUAUCAAUGUCUUCAACAAUUUGGAUGAGGAUUUUCUUAUUUCCUGGAAUGGAAUACAAAAUAGGAGAAACUCAUUUGAAGAUGGAGUAUGGGGAACAACAUGUCCAAUUCCACCAGGGAAGAAUUUCACAUACAUUUUGCAAGUAAAGGAUCAAAUUGGCAGCUUUUACUAUUUCCCUUCAACUGCAUUCCACAAAGCUUCUGGUGGUUUUGGAGGGUUCAGGAUCCUCAGCAGGCCUGGGAUUCCUGUUCCUUUCGAUGAACCUGCUGGCGAUUUCACCGUCCUUAUUGGUGAUUGGUACAAGAGCAAUCACACGUACUUGAAAUCAAUACUUGAUAGAAACCACAAGUUGCCUUUUGUUGAUGCUCUUCAUAUCAAUGGUCAUGGUCCUCAAGGCCCUAAUCGCGCUGCCUUUACAGUUGAUCAAGGGAAAACUUAUAGACUGAGAAUAUCAAAUGUUGGAUUGGAACAUUCACUCAACUUUCGUAUCGAAGGACAUAAAAUGAAAUUGGUGGAGGUAGAAGGAACACAUACAAUGCAAGAGACAUAUUCCUCACUCGACGUUCAUGUUGGACAAUCCUACUCUGUCCUCAUCACAGCUGAUCAAACUCCUAAGGACUACUACAUUGUUGUUUCAAAUCGUUUCUCGUCUAUUCUCCUUACUACCACCGGUGUACUUCACUACAGCAACUCUAACCAGGAAUUCACUGGCCCGCCCCCUGGUGGUCCAACCAUCGAAAUUGGUUGGUCUCUCACCCAGGCCCGUUCUAUUAGGACCAACUUGACCGCGAGUGGACCAAGGCCAAACCCACAAGGAUCAUACCAUUAUGGUAUGAUCAACACAACUAGAACUAUCAGGCUCGCGAAUUCUGCUGGACAAGUCAAUGGCAAGCAAAGAUAUGCUGUCAACAGUGUGUCCUUUGUGCCAACUAAAAGUGGUACUCCCCUCAAGCUUGCUGACUACUUCAACAUUGGUGGAUUUACCCCCGGAAACAUACCUGAUGCCCCCACCGGUAAAGGAAUUUACCUCGACACAUCUGUUUUGCAAACUGAUUACAGGACAUUCAUUGAAAUUGUAUUCGAGAACAAGGAAGGGAUCGUUCAGAGUUGGCAUCUUAACGGCUAUGCCUUUUGGGUAGUAGGCAUGGACGGAGGAAAAUGGAGUCCAGCUAGUAGGGACCAAUACAAUCUUCGCGAUGCAGUUUCAAGAAUCACAACUCAGGUGUAUCCCAAGUCAUGGACAGCAAUAUACAUUGCAUUAGACAAUGUGGGAAUGUGGAACCUAAGAUCAGAGUUUUGGGCGCGACAGUAUCUAGGACAACAGUUAUACAUGAGGGUAUACACAACAUCAACUUCUUUGCGCGAUGAAUAUCCCAUUCCAAUUAAUGCUCUUUUAUGUGGCGAUGUGGCUGGUCGACCUAAAAGACCACUCUAAGACAAGCUGCAACACUCAUGAAAAUCAUAGGCCAAAGUGAAAAUUAAGAGAAGAAAUUGACUUACAUACACAAAACAACCUCAGAGAACAAAGAUUAUUAGGAUUGAAGUAAAAGCUUAUUACUUGUCCUGUUUAGUUUACCACAAACUAGUUUGAAUGACCUUAACUCAAGGUCCUAUUCUUUCUUUCUUCGUUUCGUUGUAUCGAGUUCCAUCUUCAUUGUUUUAAUUGUCUUAAAAAACAAUAAUUGAAUUGUUCGUUUUCAUAUCAAUGAUCAUAACUAUGAGCUGAAAUUCAU